UUGUUGAGCAGCUGUUUAUAGUGGAAUUUUAUAUGAAAUUAUGGGUUUAACUAAGCAAUAUUUAGCAUAUCGUGCUAUAGACAGCUUCAAUAUAAUUGUAUCUGGUCGUGCCAAUGUUAAUUUUGCCGUCAUCGAUGGUACCGAGGGUCGUUACAUUGCGGCGCCGGCAGCAGAAAAUGUCAUUAUUUGGGACUUACGGCUGGGCGAUCGUAUAAAGACAUUGCGACGCGAGAAGCAGGAAGUCACCGCUUUACGUGCUUCUCCCGAUCAUCUGCACAUUGCCGUUGGCUAUUCGGAUGGUGUGGUUCAAAUCUAUGAUCUGAGCUCCAGCACCUAUUACGAUGCGAUUUGUACAUUGGCGCUGCACAAGAACGCGGUGAGCGUACUGCGUUAUGAUAAUCAGGGAAUGCGUCUGGUGAGCGGUGGUCUGGACACUGAAUUGGUUGUUGUGGAUGUCGUGGAGAUGGCGGGUCAGCAACGCUUGACCGGCCACAAUGCCGCUAUUACUGACGCGCACUUUUUGCAAAGGCUAGUGGAGCAGAACAUUGUAGUAAGCUGCUCAAAGGACACACAAAUCAAGUUCUGGAAUCUAGAGACGCAGUUCUGCUUCAAAACGGUAGUGGAUAAUCGCACUGAGGUCUGGGGAUUGGCUCUAAUUGGCGAUCUUAUGGUAGCCGGCGCUGGCGAGAGUGCCAUGAACGUGUACAGGUUGCGAAAACGCGACGCAAAUGCCGCCGAAGGCUUGGAAACUGCAGUUGAGGGCUUGUCAAUUGACGAUGAGGACACCAUAAGUCCGAUCAGUGUGAGCAAUUGUGGCGUCAUACAACGUGCAGGAAAAGGCCGCACUGUUAAUCUGGUCACAGACCCUAAUGAGCGCGUUCUGAGCUGUCAUGGCACCAAUGAUCUGAUCGAGAGUUUCUAUAUAUGCAGCGCUGAGGAAGCAAAACAGCGCCUGGCCAAGCGUCUGAAAAAGGGACGCAAGGCUGCACAGCCAGAGGCUGCUGAUUUGUCUCAUGAGCUGAGCCUGAGCGAUGAAAUUAAGCGCCUGGAUAACGUUAAAGUCAAACAGAAAAUCAAAUCCAUUGAUGUGCUGCUCGGUGAGAAUCAGGAGCUACGUAUGCUCGUCAGUUUGGCCAAUAAUAGUCUAGUGCUUUAUUCGCUGGAGGCUUCGAUCAAGUCCCAAAAGGCCCAAGAAAACACAGCCAAGUUGCUGCGCUCGCUGACUCGUCUGGGUCACCAAUCUGAGGUGCGCUCCGUUUGCUUCAGCCACGACUCGCUGGCCAUUGGCUCUGGUGCUGCCGAAUCCUUCAAGUUCUGGGAUCGGGAUGCCAUGCAAUGCUUGCGCACAGUGUACACAGAUUAUGUACUUUGCUCCGUAUUUGUUCCAGGCGAUCGUUACGUGCUUUUAGGCAUGAAGAGCGGCAAGCUGGUUAUUGUGGAUGUUGGUGCUGCGGAUAUUGUGGAGGAAAUACCAGCGCAUGAGGGUGAAUUAUGGUCCAUUGCGCUGCUGCCUGAUAAGCAGGGCUGUGUGACAGGAAGCGGUGAUACGACCUUAAAAAUCUGGACGUUUGAGCUAAUCGAUGCCGGCGAGGGUGCGACACAAACCAAAGUCCUGUCGUUACUGCAUAAAAACACACUAAAACUGGAGGAGACGAUCCUUUGUGUGGGCGUUAGUCCGGAUAUGAAAUACUUGGCUGUGGGUCUGCUCGAUGCCACCGUGAAAAUAUUUUUCCUCGAUACUUUCAAAUUCUUUUUGUCGCUCUAUGGCCACAAACUGCCCGUCCUGUGCUUGGAUAUAUCAUACGAUUCCCAACUAAUAGUCACUGGCUCGGCAGAUCGUAAUGUCAAGAUUUGGGGCCUGAAUUUUGGUGAUUGCCAUCGCUCGUUAUUUGCGCACGAUGAUUCGGUAAUGUCGCUAAAGUUUAUACCCAGAACCCACAUGUUCUUCACCUGCGGCAAGGAUGGCAAGGUUAAGCAAUGGGAUGGAGAUAAUUUCGAGAAAAUCAUCACGCUACCAGGCCAUAUUGGCGAGGCCUAUUGCUUGGACAUUGCACCCAAUGGUCGCUAUUUAGUCAGCUGUGGCUCUGAUCGCACUUUGCGGCUGUACGAGCGUACUGAAGAGACCAUUGUGCUUCAGGAUGUGCAGGAGGAGGAGCGCGAGCAAAUUGAGAACGAACAGCUGGCCACAGGCGAGGACAAUAACGUGCCACUUCUUCCGGGUCUAAAAUUGGCCUCGCGCAAGACUGUGGGAUCCGAGCAAGCGGCUGAAACGAUAUUGGAAUGCCUCCAAAUAGCAAAGCAAUAUGAAACCGAGGCCCAGGACGAUAAACCAGAGUUGCAUCCCAUGAUGCGCGCACUACAGGUGGAAAAUCCAAGCGAUUUUCUUGUCACCACUCUAAUACGCAUAAGGGCCGCAGAUCUGGAGGAGGCGCUACUCAUCCUACCCUUUGCAACGGUCUGCGAGCUGUUGGAACGCCUGCCCGGUCUAAUCGAACAGCGACCCGACGAACUGGAACUGCUCUGCAAAGUCACCAUCUUUCUGUUCAAGGUGCACAUGAAACCCAUAGCGUCGGCCAAGACGAUGAAACCGCUUCUCCUGCGAUUACUGGAGCUCCUCAAGCGCGAUGUUCAGCAACUCCGCGACGUUCUGGGCUGUAAUCUGCAUGCGCUGGCGCUGCUGCAGCGUGAUGUGGAGGAGCGUGAGGGCGUACAACUGUUCCGUGAGGCAACGCAGACGCGCAAGAAACGUGAAAAGAAGCGACGUGAGGCCAGCAAACGGCGACUGCAAAUACAAAUGGUUUGAAGACCACCAAAAUUAAAAACCGUAAUGUUCGAGCUCUUUAACAUUAAUGUUUUACACUUUUAUUCAUAAUUUUUAUAAGGUAAAUCUUCAGAUACAAAUAUAUGCAUACAUAUAUAGAUA